UAUGACGUAGACGUAGAGAUCUGCCUAGGGCGCCUUAUGUUAACCAUGCCGCCGAGAGAGAGGAAUACAUAAAUAGUGUUUUGCAUGGAAGUGAGAGACAUUGUGUGAAUCAACUUAGGAUGAAGCCUAUAGCUUUCCACCACUUAUGUCACACCCUCACUGAGGGGGAGCACGUACGUCCGACUGUUCACAUGUCUGUUACGGAGCAAGUGUUCAUUUUCUUGCACAUUAUUGGUCAUAAUGUGAGGUUUCGUGUAAUGGGUGGUCGGAUCUAUAGAUCAACUGAGACUGUUCAUAGAUACUUCAAAGUUGUCCUUAGGGGGGUCCUGAAAUUAUAUAGAGCUCUAAUAAGACUGCGUAGCGAAGAUACACCUCCAGAGAUAAGGAAUAGCAGAAGGUUUUACCCAUAUUUUAAGGAUUGUGUUGGAGCAAUAGAUGGUACACAUGUUCGUGCAUCUGUGCCACCUGAAAUACAAGGAAGAUUUCGUGGUCGCAAAGAUGGAACCACGCAAAAUGUGUUAGCUGCCAUUAGUUUUGACUUAAAGUUCACUUAUGUGUUGGCUGGAUGGGAAGGCAGUGCACAUGAUUCACGUGUAUUAAAUGAUGCAUUUGCUAGGCCAGGGGGAUUUUCAAUUCCCAAUGGUAAAUUUUAUCUUGGUGAUGCUGGGUAUGGUAAUAAAAAUGGAAUAUUGUCACCGUAUCGGAGUGUACGAUAUCACUUGAAAGAGUUUAGUGAUCGUCCUCCUGAGAAUGCGCAAGAAUUGUUCAAUCUCCGACACUCUUCAUUGAGAACUACCAUUGAGCGAGGGUUUGGAGUGGUGAAAAAACGUUUUCGAGUGUUGGAUGCAGAACCAUAUUGGUCUUUCCCAACCCAAGUGAAAGUAGUGUUAGCGUGUUGUGUGGUUCAUAAUCACAUUAUGGGGGUUGAACCAAAUGACCAUAUUAUGGAAGAUGCAAUGAACCAAGUAGAGCUUAGUGACCACCAACAAGAAACACAAUCCCGUCGGGAGUCCGUCGAAGAUAGUAGAUCAUGGAAUGCUAAGAGAGAUGAGAUAUGCCAAGCCAUGUGGUCUGAUUAUAUCAGGAGUGGAGAGUAGUACUUUAUUUAGAUUUUUAUGAUUGUAAUGUGUUUUUUCUUUUUGUUUUUUUUAAAGACAAUGUAUGUAAUAUAGACUUUUGGUGAUGUAAUGAAAAAGUAUUUUUAGCAUUACAUUGUUAUUUGAUGGUAUUACAUUGUCAUUUCCAUAGUUAGCAUGUUCCAUUCUGUUGUGCACAUUCAUAAGCGUGGUUGUAUGUGUGUUUGAUUUGUUAUUCAUGUUCCGAGUGUAAUUACUAAAUGCUACUCUCACUAUACUAUUUUCAUAUGUAGUAAUGUCAAAGGGUAAGGAAAAAGUUAGCGGCAGCAAGCAAUUUAGGUGGCUGCCACCUAUGCAUGAGAUGAUGCUAAAGAUACUAACAGAGGAGGCUGGAAAGGGCAAUAAGCCCUCUAAUACUUUUAGGGCCGGCUCCUUUGCUCUUGUAGCAAAGGAGAUAACGGCCCAUUUCGGGGUUGAGUGCCACCCUGUAUUUGUGGAGAACCGGAUGCGGACUCUAAGGUCCAUGUGGGCAACUAUUCAAGAGCUUAGAAAGAAGAGUGGAUUCGGUUGGGACGAAAAUCUGAAAAUGAUAACUUGUGACGCUAAAACAUACCAAGAAGAAGUUAUGGCACAUCGGAAGCAUGCCGAGUAUCUGAACAAAAAAAUUGAGUUUUACGAUGAAUUAGC